AUGGACGCCAAUGCUCACUGCCCCGUUGGCUUAGUUCCUGCAACUCCCAGACUCGGGGUGCCAGACUCUACAUGUCUGGGAUCAAGUUGGUGUGUAGCCAGGCUCACACUACAUAGAUUUACCAUCCAUCCCAUUUUCCGGCCUAGAUUUCCUGGACCCUAG